GCGGCACGGAUCACCCCUCAUACCCGGACGUAACUUUAAAUAGCCUGCCUUCUUACUAUCAUCGUCUAACAUAACUAACCAUAAAAAUCCACUAUGUGACUGGGACUCUCCGGCUGAUCCGCAGCGCGGCGACAGACCGAGGACGAGGAGGAGCAGAAGAAGAAGCAGGAACAGAGCAGCGGUGGCAGCCGACGAUCGCUGUCAGCCCACAGUACCUGUCUGCACGCGGUGAGAGGAUGCUAUCUCGGUUAAGUGAGCUUAUAUGGGCUGACUGGAUCUGGUUCCCAGAAGGUUACGGCUGGGAUGACCUUAAGGAUCACGAUGGCAAAGUGUUCCCUAAAACUCAGGACCUUUGGGCGGUACUUCCUGUCGCUCUGUGCUUCGUCGUCAUAAGGCAGAUAUUUGAGAGGAGUAUAGCGCUUCCUUUAGCAUCUCUGCUGGGGGUGAGAGACAACCAUCGCGUCUGUGCUUCUCCAAAUCCCAUCUUGGAGUCUCAUUUCUGCAGCAUAUCAAGGCAUCCCACACAGAGCUCAAUAGAGAUUUUAAGUAAACAGACAGGUUGUUCAGUGCGACAGGUCCAGAGGUGGUUCAGGCGACGGAGAAAUCAAGAUCGACCCAGCAAGCUCAAAAAGUUUCAGGAAGCAAGUUGGAGGUUUACAUUUUACCUCCUUGCUUUUUUUGCUGGCCUGGGUGUCCUUAUUGAUAAACCAUGGUUCCAUGAUGUUAAAUUGGUGUGGGAAAACUUCCCUAAAAUGCCACUCUUGACUUCCCAGUACUGGUACUACAUGAUUGAACUGGGCUUCUAUUUGUCGCUGAUUUUCAGCGUAGCAUCAGAUGUCAAACGAAAGGAUUUCAAAGAACAAAUAGUUCACCAUGUAGCGACCAUCCUCCUCAUCAGCUUCUCCUGGCUGGUCAACUACAUCCGAGCUGGGACUUUGAUCAUGUUGGUGCACGACGCCUCGGACUAUCUCAUGGAGUCGGCCAAAAUGUUUAACUAUGCAGGCUGGAAGAAAACCUGCAACUUCAUCUUCACCGUGUUUGCUAUAGUUUUCAUCAUCACCCGACUCAUCAUCUUCCCUUUCUGGAUCAUACAUGCGACAUGCGUGUACCCGCUGACCCUCUACUCCACCUUCUUUGGCUUCUACUUCUUCAACGGACUGCUGGUGGUGCUGUUGAUAUUGCACAUCUUCUGGACUGGACUCAUCCUACGCAUGGUCGUCAAAUUCCUACCAGGAAAUGACAUCGUAGAGGACGAGAGGAGCGAUAAAGAGGAGACGGAGUCAGAUGACGAAGACAGGGGGCAAAAAAAGAAGCCAAAGAAUGGCCACAUGCAGAACGGUCACUACGUCUUGAACAACAACCACAGGAAGACGGACUGAUUGAAUAGAGGGAGUGGGACAAGGUGGCUGUGGGGCCCUCAUUUGGACGCCAUAGAACAAGCAAUAGGCAACACAUUCAUAUUUACUUUAAUUUUAAAAACAUGGUUAGUUCAGAGUGGAUCACUAUCCUCUCUGUGGAUUACACUAAAUUAGGAACAGUGAGGCAUUACACCAGAUUUGCCUGAAAGCAGCAGAAUAACUUUCCUAGUAUAAAUUUUUUUCCCAAUCUGUCUGAUUAUAGCUGUUUUCAAAUGUAUGCAGGAGUCUGCAGUUAUGGAGGCUUCUUCCACAGUUAGUUAUCACCCUGCAAGCCACGCUCCAAACUUGACCUAAUUUUGCUGUAACUAAACAAAUUGAUUUCAUGGUUAUCACUACUGUUAUUGUGGCAACAAUUUUGUUGCUUUUCUUGUUUUCUUUCUUCUCUUUUGGACCAUAAAUUACUCUAAGUCUUUUUAUUUAAAUAUUUUAUCCAAUGUUUUACUGCUGUGUUUUUGACGCUCCAACUUUUUCUAGUUAAAUCUUGCUCAUCUAAUGAGGUUUAAAACUAAAUAACUGCUAAUUAAUAAUAUUUUAAAAGUAAGUGAAGGUGCCAUAAGAACUGAAAUGUGCCUUGAAAUACUUACUUUUCUGAGAGCUCUCACUGAUUUUUUUUAAAAGUUUGUUUGAAAUCUUAUAAAAGUUAUAGUUUUACAUUUUUUUUUUUUUUUUACUUUUAGUCCCCAUGGUUGUUCUAAUUUGGGAGCAAAGUGUUUGAUUUACUAACUAUUGAUCAUUUCCCAGCUGGCGUUAUCUAAAGCGCAUCCAUUUAGUGUGCUGUUUUUUUUUUUUUUUUUUUAUGUCUCGGUCAUCUUGAGAUGCACUUUAUGGUUCUUUAGAAGAUCAGUAUUGACUGAAACAAAAUCUAGUAAAUCAUUUUAGUUACAGUGUUAGAUUUAAACAUUUUAAUCUCUUAUUGUUUGAAGGUUCAAAAGAU